GGUGUGAGCGGGGCCGCUGCCGCUGCUUCCCGGGCUUCGGGGGGCCCGACUGCGGCACCCCCGCCUGCGCCCCCGGAUGGGGGGGCGUCCGGUGCGACAUCGAGGUGCCCGCGGUUACACCGCGCUUAGCCACGCGCACCUCGACGUCCCUGCGUGUCACCUGGCCCCGGCCCUCCCCCCCUCCGGACGGCUACCGGGUGACACUUGUCCCUCUGGAUGACCCCAUGGCCAUGACGACGCACGAACUGCCAGGCUCCGCUGUCGCCUUCUCGGUGACGGGGCUGUCCCCAGGCCGCCCCUUCGAGUUGCUGGUCCAGGCGCGGCGGGGGCCACACCUAGGGGCGGCGGGGACGCUGCGGCUGCGCACGGCUCUAGUCCCCGCUGUGCCCCCCCACGAGAAGUCCCCUCAGGGCUCCCUGGGGUCCCCAGCGGUGGCACCAUCGACCCGAGGGUCCCCAGGGUCGCUGGGGUCCCCGGGGUCACCAGCAUCGCCUGCAUCACCAGACGUGUCCCCGGGGUCACACGUGGCUCUGGGGUCACCGGCGUCCCCCAGGGUCCCAGUGUCCCCCAUGGAUCGAGGGUCCCUGGGAUCCCCAGCACCCCCCAGGUCACCGGAGUCACCAGAAUCCCCAGAAUUUCCGAGGUCCCCAGUGUCACCAGAGCUCCCAAGGUCACCGGUGUCACCAGAAUUCCCAGGGUCACCAUUGUCACCAGAACUCCCAUGGUCCCCCAUGUCACCAGCAUCCCCAGAAUCUCCGAGGACACCAGUGUCACCAGAGUCUCCAGGGUCCCCGGUGUCACCAGAGCUCCCAAGGUCACCGGUGUCACCAGCACCCCCGGAAUCUCCAAGGUUCCCAGUGUCACCAGAGCUCCCAAGGUCCCCCGUGUCACCAGAAUUCCCAAGGUCCCCAAUGUCACCAGAAUCUCUGGGGUCAGCGGUGUCACCAGAUUUGUGGCCAGCAUCCCCAGAACCCCCAAGGUUCCCAGAGUCUCCAGUGUCCCCAGGGUCACCUCCAUCCCCAGAGUCCCUGGCACCCUCAAAGUCGCCGGUGUCCCCGGAGUCCCCGUGGUCCCAACUGUCCCCUUGGUCCCCGCUGUCCUCAGGGAUCCCCUCCCUGCAGGAGCUGCUGGCUCGGCUGUCCCCAUACGGAGGGUCCCUCCUCCAGCGCCUCGAGAGCCACCUCCGGGCCACCAACUACCCCCUCCGGGGCAACCAGACGGUGCCGGCGGUGGCCAAGGCCAUCCUGGAGUAUGUCCUGCGCCGGCACCGGGCCCUGGGGAAGGGACAGGGACACCCCCCAAAACCCCGAGAGGACGGGACCCUCCUGGAGACCACAGGGGAGGAUGGGAAUCAGGAGCCGGCACUGCCGUGGGGGGACACGGACGGGAUGGAGCUGAUGGAGCCGCGGAGGGAUGUGAAGAAAACAGUUGCAGCCGAGGCAGAAGAGCCACCCCAAUCCAAACCAGUCCUGGGUGAACUCCGUGUCACCAGUGUCACCCCCAGCUCCGUGGGGCUGCAGUGGAGUGUCCCCGAGGGCCCCUUUGACUCCUUCAUGCUGCAGUACCGGGAUGCCCAGGGCCAGCCCCAGGCCCUGCCCAUGGAUGGCGAGUCCCGCUGGGUGACGGUGCCGGGGCUGUCCCCGUCCCGCCGGUACCGCUUCCACCUCUACGGGCUGCGGGGUGGGAAGAGGACCGAGCGCGUCUCCAUCGAUGUCUCCACAGCCACAGCAGAGCCAGAGGAACCACCCCAGCACUCAGAGGAGCCCCAACCUGAGCACCCCCAAACUAAGACUCCCCCACCUGAGGCACCCCCGGCACGGGCGGUGCUGGGGGAGCUGAGGGUCUCCAGCGUCACCCCCAACUCCGUGGGGCUGCAGUGGAGCGUCCCCAAGGACCCCUUUGACUCCUUCAUGCUGCAGUACCGGGAUGCCCAGGGCCAGCCCCAGGCCCUGCCCAUGGAUGGCGAGUCCCGCUGGGUGACGGUGCAGGGGCUGUCCCCAUCCCGCCAGUACCGCUUCCACCUCUACGGGCUGCGGGGCGGGAAGAGGAUCCACCACAUCUCCACUGAGGCCACUACGGCCCCGGCUGAGCCAGAGGAGGCGCCCCAGCACGCAGAGAAGCCCCAACCUGAGCCCCCCAAAAUUGAGGCUCCCCCACCUGAGGUGCCCCCAGUGCGGGCAGUGCUGGGGGAGCUGAGGGUCUCCAGCGUCACCCCCAACUCCGUGAGGCUGCAGUGGAGCGUCCCCGAGGGCCCCUUCGACUCCUUCACGCUGCAGUACCGGGAUGCCCAGGGCCAACCCCAGGCCCUGCCCAUGGAUGGCGAGUCCCGCUGGGUGACAGUGCCGGGGCUGUCCCCGUCCCGCCGGUACCGCUUCCACCUCUACGGGCUGCGGGGUGGGAAGAGGAUCGAGCGCGUCUCCAUCGAUGUCUCCACAGCACCAGCCUCCCCCUCAGAGGCUCCCCCAGCUGAGGACUCCCCGUCUGAGGAGCACGAACAGGAGCCUCAACCAAGUGCAGCGCCCGCGGCACGAGCGGUGCUGGGGGAGCUGAGGGUCUCCAGCGUCACCCCCAACUCCGUGGGGCUGCAGUGGAGCGUCCCCGAGGGCCCCUUCGACUCCUUCAUGCUGCAGUACCGGGAUGCCCAGGGCCAGCCCCAGGCCCUGCCGUUGGAUGGCGAGUCCCGCUGGGUGACGGUUCCGGGGCUGUCCCCGUCCCGCCGGUACCGCUUCCACCUCUACGGGCUGCGGGGUGGGAAGAGGAUUCACCACAUCUCCACUGAGGCCACCACAGCACCAGCCUCCCCCUCAGAGGCUCCCCCAGCUGAGGACUCCCCGUCUGAGGAGCACGAGCAGGAGCCCCAACCAAGUGUGGCACCCCCAGCACAGGCAGUGCUGGGGGAGCUGAGGGUCUCCAGCAUCACCCCCAACUCUGUGGUGCUGCAGUGGAGCAUCCCCGAGGGCACCUUCGACUUCUUCAUGCUGCAAUACCGGGAUGCCCAGGGCCAGCCCCAGACCCUGCCCAUGGAUGGCGAGUCCCGCUGGGUGACUGUGCCGGGGCUGUCCCCAUCCCACCAGUACCGCUUCCACCUCUACGGGCUGCGGGGUGGGAAGAGGAUCGAACUCGUCUCCACUGAGGCCACCACAGCCCCAACCAAGUGGCCCCCAGCACAGGCAGUGCUGGGGGAGCUGAGGGUCUCCAGCAUCACCCCCAACUCUGUGGGGCUGCAGUGGAGCAUCCCCGAGGGCCCCUUCGACUCCUUCAUGCUGCAAUACCGGGAUGCCCAGGGCCAGCCCCAGACCCUGCCCAUGGAUGGCGAGUCCCGCUGGGUGACUGUGCCGGGGCUGUCCCCAUCCCACCAGUACCGCUUCCACCUCUACGGGCUGCGGGGUGGGAAGAGGAUCGAACUCGUCUCCACUGAGGCCACCACAGCAGAGCCAGAGGAGCCGCCCCAGCACUCAAAGGAACCCCAACCCGAGGCCCCCCAAACUGAGUCUCCCCCACCUGAGGUGCCCUCAGUGCAGGCAGUGCUGGGGGAGCUGAGGGUCUCCAGCGUCACCCCCAACUCCGUGGGGCUGCAGUGGAGCGUCCCCAAGGGCCCCUUCGACUCCUUCACGCUGCAGUACCGGGAUGCCCAGGGCCAGCCCCAGGCCCUGCCCAUGGAUGGCGAGUCCCGCUGGGUGACGGUGCAGGGGCUGUCCCCAUCCCGCCGGUAUCGCUUCCACCUCUACGGGCUGCGGGGUGGGAAGAGGAUCCACCACGUCUCCACUGAGGCCACCACAGCACCAGCUUCCCCCUCAGAGGCUCCCCCAGCUGAGGACUCCCCGUCUGAGGAGCACGAGCAGGAGCCCCAACCAAGUGUGGCGCCCCCAGCACAGGCAGUGCUGGGGGAGCUGAGGGUCUCCAGCGUCACCCCCAACUCUGUGGGGCUGCAGUGGAGCGUCCCCGAGGGCCCCUUCGACUCCUUCACGCUGCAGUACCGGGAUGCCCAGGGCCAGCCCCAGGCCCUGCCGUUGGAUGGCGAGUCCCGCUGGGUGACGGUGCCGGGGCUGUCCCCGUCCCGCCGGUACCGCUUCCACCUCUACGGGCUGCGGGGUGGGAAGAGGAUUGAGCGCGUCUCCAUCGAUGUCUCCACGGCACCAGCUUCCCCCUCAGAGGCUCCCCCAGCUGAGGACUCCCCGUCUGAGGAGCACGAGCAGGAGCCCCAACCAAGUGUGGCGCCCCCAGCACAGGCAGUGCUGGGGGAGCUGAGGGUCUCCAGCGUCACCCCCAACUCUGUGGGGCUGCAGUGGAGCGUCCCCGAGGGCCCCUUCGACUCCUUCACGCUGCAGUACCGGGAUGCCCAGGGCCAGCCCCAGGCCCUGCCGUUGGAUGGCGAGUCCCGCUGGGUGACGGUUCCGGGGCUGUCCCCGUCCCGCCGGUACCGCUUCCACCUCUACGGGCUGCGGGGUGGGAAGAGGAUUGAGCGCGUCUCCAUCGAUGUCUCCACGGCACCAGCCUCCCCCUCAGAGGCUCCCCCAGCUGAGGACUCCCCGUCUGAGGAGCACGAGCAGGAGCCUCAACCAAGUGCAGCGCCUGCGGCGCGAGCGGUGCUGGGGGAGCUGAGGGUCUCCAGCGUCACCCCCAACUCCGUGGGGCUGCAGUGGAGCGUCCCCGAGGGCCCCUUCGACUCCUUCAUGCUGCAGUACCGGGAUGCCCAGGGCCAGCCCCAGGCCGUGCCCAUGGAUGGCGAGUCCCGCUGGGUGACAGUGCCGGGGCUGUCCCCAUCCCACCAGUACCGCUUCCACCUCUACGGGCUGCGGGGUGGGAAGAGGAUCCACCACGUCUCCACUGAGGCCACCACAGCCCCGGCUGAGCCAGAGGAGCCUCCCCAGCCCUCAGAGGAGCCCCAACAUGAGCCCCCCGAAACUGAGGACCCCCCACCUGAGGCGCCCCCAGUGUGGGCGGUGCUGGGGGAGCUGAGGGUCUCCAGCGUCACCCCCAACUCCGUGGGGCUGCAGUGGAGCGUCCCCAAGGGCCCCUUCGACUCCUUCAUGCUGCAGUACCGGGAUGCCCAGGGCCAGCCCCAGACCCUGCCCAUGGAUGGCGAGUCCCGCUGGGUGACGGUGCCGGGGCUGUCCCCAUCCCGCCGGUACCGCUUCCACCUCUAUGGGCUGCGGGGUGGGAAGAGGAUCCACCACGUCUCCACUGAGGCCACCACAGGUGAGGGGGAACCCCAACCAAGUGUGGCGCCCCUGGCACGGGCAGUGCUGGGGGAGCUGAGGGUCUCCAGCGUCACCCCCAACUCUGUGGGGCUGCAGUGGAGCGUCCCCGAGGGCCCCUUCGACUCCUUCACGCUGCAGUACCGGGAUGCCCAGGGCCAGCCCCAGGCCCUGCCGUUGGAUGGCGAGUCCCGCUGGGUGACGGUUCCGGGACUGUCCCCGUCCCGCCGGUACCGCUUCCACCUCUACGGGCUGCGGGGUGGGAAGAGGAUUGAGCGCGUCUCCAUCGAUGUCUCCACGGCCCCGGCUGAGCCAGAGGAACCGCCCCCACCCUCAGAGGAGCCCCAACUUGAACCCCCCCAAACUGAGGCUCCCCAACCUGAGAAACCCCCGGCGCGCGCAGUGCUGGGGGAGCUGAGGGUCUCCAGCAUCACCCCCAACUCCGUGGGGCUGCAGUGGAGCGUCCCUGAGGGCCCCUUCGACUCCUUCACGCUGCAGUACCGGGAUGCCCAGGGCCAGCCUCAGGCCCUGCCCAUGGAUGGCGAGUCCCGCUGGGUGACGGUUCCAGGGCUGUCCCCGUCCCGCCGGUACCGCUUCCACCUCUACGGGCUGCGGGGCGGGAAGAGGAUCGAGCACGUCUCCAUCGAUGUCUCCACAGGUGAGGGCGAAGGGCACAGGGAGGAAGAGUGCCCCCAGCUGCAGGCAGUGCUGGGGGAGCUGAGGGUCUCCAGCAUCACCCCCAACUCCGUGGGGCUGCAGUGGAGCGUCCCCAAGGGCCCCUUCGACUCCUUCAUGCUGCAGUACCGGGAUGCCCAGGGCCAGCCCCAGGCCCUGCCCAUGGAUGGCGAGUCCCGCUGGGUGACGGUUCCGGGGCUGUCCCCGUCCCGCCGGUACCGCUUCCACCUCUACGGGCUGCGGGGUGGGAAGAGGAUCGACCGCGUCUCCACUGAGGCCACCACAGCUCCCCCACCUGAGGUGCCCCCAGUGCAGGCAGUGCUGGGGGAGCUGAGGGUCUCCAGCGUCACCCCCAACUCCGUGGGGCUGCAGUGGAGCGUCCCCAAGGGCCCCUUCGACUCCUUCAUGCUGCAGUACCGGGAUGCCCAGGGCCAGCCCCAGGCCCUGCCCAUGGAUGGCGAGUCCCGCUGGGUGACAGUUCCGGGGCUGUCCCCGUCCCGCCGGUAUCGCUUCCACCUCUACGGGCUGCAGGGUGGGAAGAGGAUCCACCACGUCUCCACUGAGGCCACCACAGCACCAGCCUCCCCCUCAGAGGCUCCCCCAGCUGAGGACUCCCCGUCUGAGGAGCACGAGCAGGAGCCCCAACCAAGUUUGGCACCCCUGGCACGGGCAGUGCUGGGGGAGCUGAGGGUCUCCAGCGUCACCCCCAACUCUGUGGGGCUGCAGUGGAGCGUCCCCGAGGGCCCCUUCGACUCCUUCACGCUGCAGUACUGGGAUGCCCAGGGCCAGCCCCAGGCCCUGCCGUUGGAUGGCGAGUCCCGCUGGGUGACGGUGCCGGGGCUGUCCCCGUCCCACCGGUACCGCUUCCACCUCUACGGGCUGCGGGGUGGGAAGAGGAUUGAGCGCGUCUCCAUCGAUGUCUCCACGGCCCCGGCUGAGCCAGAGGAACCGCCCCCACCCUCAGAGGAGCCCCAACCUGAACCCCCCCAAACUGAGGCUCCCCAACCUGAGAAACCCCCGGCGCGCGCAGUACUGGGGGAGCUGAGGGUCUCCAGCAUCACCCCCAACUCCGUGGGGCUGCAGUGGAGCGUCCCCGAGGGCCCCUUCGACUCCUUCACGCUGCAGUACCGGGAUGCCCAGGGCCAGGCCCAGGCCCUGCCGUUGGAUGGCGAGUCCCGCUGGGUGACGGUUCCGGGGCUGUCCCCGUCCCGCCGGUACCGCUUCCACCUCUACGGGCUGCGGGGCGGGAAGAGGAUCGAGCGCGUCUCCAUCGAUGUCUCCACAGCAGAGCCAGAGGAGCCGCCCCAGCACUCAAAGGAACCCCAACCCGAGGCCCCCCAAACUGAGUCUCCCCCACCUGAGGUGCCCCCAGUGCAGGCAGUGCUGGGGGAGCUGAGGGUCUCCAGCAUCACCCCCAACUCCGUGGGGCUGCAGUGGAGCGUCCCCAAGGGCCCCUUUGACUCCUUCACGCUGCAAUACCGGGAUGCCCAGGGCCAGCCCCAGGCCCUGCCCAUGGAUGGCGAGUCCCGCUGGGUGACAGUUCCGGGGCUGUCCCCAUCCCGCCGGUACCGCUUCCACCUCUACGGGCUGCGGGGUGGGAAGAGGAUCCACCACGUCUCCACUGAGGCCACCACAGCACCAGCCUCCUCCUCAGAGGCUCCCCCAGCUGAGGACUCCCCGUCUGAGGAGCACGAGCAGGAGCCCCAACCAAAUGUGGUACCCCCGGCACGGGCGGUGCUGGGGGAGCUGAGGGUCUCCAGCGUCACCCCCAACUCUGUGGGGCUGCAGUGGAGCGUCCCCGAGGGCCCCUUCGACUCCUUCACGCUGCAGUACCGGGAUGCCCAGGGCCAGCCCCAGGCCCUGCCGUUGGAUGGCGAGUCCCGCUGGGUGACUGUGCUGGGGCUGUCCCCAUCCCGCCGGUACCGCUUCCACCUCUACGGGCUGCGGGGUGGGAAGAGGAUUGAGCGCGUCUCCAUCGAUGUCUCCACGGAUGAUCUGCUCCCGCCCUCGAUGGACCCCCAAACUGAGGCCCCCUCAACUGAGGCACCCCCAGCUGAGCACCCCAAAACUGAGAACCCCCCACCUGAGGUGCCUCCGGUGCGGGCAGUGCUGGGGGAGCUGAGGGUCUCCAGCGUCACCCCCAACUCCGUGGGGCUGCAGUGGAGCGUCCCCGAGGGCCCCUUCGACUCCUUCAUGCUGCAGUACCGGGAUGCCCAGGGCCAGCCCCAGGCCCUGCCGUUGGAUGGCGAGUCCCGCUGGGUGACGGUGCCGGGGCUGACCCCGUCCCGCCGGUACCGCUUCCACCUCUACGGGCUGCGGGGCGGGAAGAGGAUCCAGCACAUGGCCACUGAGGCCACCACGGGUGCCCCAGGAACCCUCUGGGUGGGCUCCGUGUGGCCCCGCAGUGCCCAAGUGCACUGGGACCCCCCCCGUGUCCCCCCCAACGGCUUCGAGCUGGUGUAUGGCCCCCCUGGGGGGCCCCAGCAGACCCUGCAGUUGCCCCCCGAGGCCAGGUCGCAGCAGUUGUGGGGGCUGGAGCCGGCGGAACGUUACGGGGUGCAGCUGUGGGGCCGGGGGGGGCACCCCCAAACCGCACCCCUCGAGGCCACCUUUGACACCCCCCCUCUGCCGCACCCCCACCCCCGGGACUGCACUGAGGAGCAGCAGAACAGGCCAGGCCCUCACGGGGAGACCCUCGUGUUCCUCGGGGGGGACGCGGCCCGGCCCCUCAGGGUCUUCUGUGACAUGGAGACCGACGGCGGCGGCUGGCUGGUGUUCCAGCGGCGCCAGGACGGGGGCACGGAUUUCUGGCGGGGGUGGGAGUCGUACGCGCGCGGCUUCGGGAACAUCAGCGGCGAGUUCUGGCUCGGGAAUGAAGCGCUGCACGCGCUGACGGCCGGGACCCCCACGGAGCUGCGUGUGGACCUGCGGACCCCUCGCGACUCCGCCUUCGCCCACUAUCGCGACUUCGCCGUGGGCGGCGCCGAGGAGCAAUAUCGGCUGCGAGUCGGGACCUUCAGCGGCACUGCCGGCGACGCCCUCUCCUACCACUCGGGAAGCCCCUUCUCCACACGGGACCGGGACCCCCGGGACCCCCGGGGUCCCCGUGAGCCCCCGGGGCACCCCCGGCCCCCCCACUGUGCUGUGGCCUACGGGGGGGCCUGGUGGUAUCGGAACUGCCACUACGCCAACCUGAAUGGGCGCUAUGGCACCACCCGCGACCACCAGGGCAUCCACUGGUUCCCCUGGAAAGGCUUCAACGUCUCCAUCCCCUUCACCGAGAUGAAGCUGCGGCCGCAGCGCCCCUGAGGGGGCUUUG